AUGUCGGCAGCCCCACUCUCACCAGCGGUGACGCACUCGCCUCACCUCACGAGAAUGGCGGCGCCGGCCCCGGCGCCCCCUCAGUACGUCGUGCGCGAGUCUCUUAAGGGAGCGCUGCGCGGACCGCACUAUCAAGUUCUACUCGCGCAGCACUACAUGCUCGCACGACUCGAGCAGCUGAUGACCCCUCGGUUCGGUGUUCGGCUGGAGGUGAACCUCGCCGGCGCGUGGGAUGAUGUCGUGUUCGAUUUCAUCGAUGCAGCAGGCGCCAUCACCGAGAGGCACUUCAUACAGCAGAAGCACCAUAAUGUCACCGGCAGCAUGGAUUGGGCGUUCGUCAAGAACAAGACGGGCAUGGAACUGUACAAAUACUUCGAUGACUGGUUCCUCCUGCUCUCGCCCUACUCUCCAGCCACGGUGAAGAAAGCUGCGUUGCCAUCUGUACAACCGGGUGGACGCUCACUCUGCGUGUUCUGCACGAAUGAUGUCGCCGGUGCCGAUCUGCAGGCAGUCUUUGAACCGGUCUCCACCGCGCACAGUUUCGAACCCAUUCCGCUGCUGAAUGGUGAGACACUCUCGCCAGUAUAUCAUCGGCUCAAUCUAGAAUUUCGAUUCCCCGGCAGGACGCGACUAUCGCCGCUCGAAGUGCUACGGACGAACAUCAAGAAGCACUCCCUCUUGAUGGAUCGCAACAGCGCCAUAAACGCCGGCGCGCAAGCACGCCAGAAUCCCACCGUGCAAGCGGCGUAUGAAUAUUUCAACGGAGGCGGGAUUGCGCUGACGGAUGUCCAGAUGAACGGUUACAUCGAGGAGUUUCUUCGCGAUCAUCUCCUCGUCGCGACGAAUCAGCCACACGUCGACACGUUCGAUGCCCUGCAGAAUGCGAACGUUUGGACGGAAGUCAUUCUGCGCCAGUACGUCUCCUCUAUCGCGCAGCAAAUCACGACGAUGCCACAGGAAAUCGGCGUCACUCGUGCGCGACUCAACCAAGUCAUGACUGAGAUGGAAGCACACGUCCGUAUCGAUCGACCAGGGAUUCUGCAAUCGUUACGGCAACAUCACACGCAAGCUGCGCCAGGGCUGAAAUCCAACUGGUAUGGCGCAUCAGGAGUCGGCAAGUCCUCCCUUGCUGCGGUCCUACUCAGCGAGCUUGUGACGGCAGGCAAAUCGCUCUUCUUCGACACACCGCAGACCUUUUGCGCAGCGACGGGCGUUUUCGGUUCGACGACUCUCAUCUGCGUCGACCAAGUCGACACAGCCACACAGGCUGAUGUAACUCGACAUUGGACCAACAAUGCUGUCGGAGCGCAUCUGCUGUGCAUCUCGGUCGAGGAGCUCUGGCCUGCCGAGCCGAAGCUGCUGAUCCCACCACUGACGACGGCUGAGGUGGACCAGUACUUGCAGUCCCGCCGGUUGUCGGAUCACAUGCUGAUCUUGUCGAAGAUCAGCUUCAUGUUGCUUCAGUCCGGCUUGCCACCUCCGCCAGGCACGCCCGAUGCUUCCAUCACUGGCCUGCAGCAGCUGAUGCGCCUCCCGCGUACGCUGUUGAAGGUGUGCGCCCAUGCGGUGCCAUUCGCGCCGCAGCCCGCCGUCACCGCUGCUGGUGCGUAUGCUGCAGCGAAGUCCGCUUCGCGCGUAAGAAUCAUUCCGCUUCGCGUGAAGCGGCAAGUGCCGACUUACUCAUUCGAAAGUCUUUCGACUCAUUCCCGAUUCAUCGGUGCGAAGAUCAUUUCGACGACGCAGAUUGAUGCAGCCCUGCUCCACGCUCAGCUCCACGCUCGCAGCCAAUAUGAACGUCAGAUCAGCUCACGUAAGCAGCGAGGGGACGAGUCGUCUCCUCUCGGGCAUCUCACGUUCGACGUCGAACAGCUCGGCUUGGACGUUCCGAUCGAUACCGCUGUGGACCUACGAACGCUGCUGCAACAAAAAUUAUCCGAAGCCGAUUACGAACGCUUGAUGGGGAAAUCUCUUUGGAUCAUUCUCCUCGACCGCAAUGGUAUCGCAGCUCACUGGUCUGCUGCUAGGAUGCUGCAGUUCUCGCAGUUCAACAUGCUGACGCUGAUCACCACAGCAGAAACGACGUCUCCUGUUGACGGUUGUUGCCACUUCCGGGCAAGUAACGGGGUGUCUGCGCCUGGUGACCGCGUGCUGUUCUAUCUGGUCUCCUCCAUGGAUCGUUUCGAACGCCUGCCGCUCGGUGACUCGUACUGCGUGCCGAAAGCUGAUCAAGUGUGGAUCGACGUCGCCUUGCCGGUACUGGCGACCGCUGGUGUGACACUGCUGACAGCCGAGGCCGGAUCUGGCAAGAGCGUCUCGAUGAAGAUGAUUCACUGGGAGUUCCACCAGAAUAUCGCACAGCAGACAGCGUAUACCAUCUGCAUACUCGUUUCCUUUCGUGAGCUGGCUGCAAUCAUCUCGCGCUCCGCAACAGGAUGUUCUUCUCUCGAGCAGCUGGCAUUUCUGCUGCUACAACUGCCACCCGAACUAAAAUGCAUGGUGAAGGAAGAUCUCGCAAAAGGACGAGUACUCUUCCUGUUGGACGCAUGGGACGAGGUUCAGUCGUCGAGCGAGCGGCAGGCGCUGCAGGAGGUGAUGCGACUGCUCCGUGCAUACGCACAUGUGAUGUACUCGUCCCGUCCGAUGGCAACGCAACCAAUGCAGCCGAGUGUGACAUUCGAGCUGCAGCGAUUUUCGGAUCCAGACACCGAGGAGUUCAUCAAGUCAUACUUUAGGUCGGUCGAGGAUGUUUCCGACUGGAGCGAGGGCUGCAUUGGUGCCCUUCGCGCUCACCGCAGCAGUCUGCACGAGAUCGGUCUGCCGUUGCAGUGCUUCCUCGUAUGCGAGGCAUGGCAGCCUGCAUUCGAAGACUGGUGUCAGGACCGUACCUGCACGAAGCCGUGGGAUGGUGGUGUCAACCUGGAUCGAUUAUACUUAUUCCGCAUGUUCAUCACCGCUCGUAUCCAGGCCACGGCGUUGACGGACGAGUCGGUUGCCAUCUACUCGCGACCGUUCCUUGAGCGCCUGCAGGAAGUCGCAGCGGGGGUGUUACUCAAAUCGCACCUGGCUGCGAUCGACCACUCUUCCAUCAUCGGCUCCAGUAUCGCACGGUUGAAUGUGCUCCAAGACAGUGGUGAGUUCAUGCACCAGACGUACGCUGAGUAUCUUACGGCGCAGUUCCUGGUCCGCACUCUCCUCAUUCGGCCGAGCGACGGGUCUCGUUUAGUGAAAAAACAUCGCUUCCACUCCAGCCUGGCUCUCGUCUUCGAGUUUCUAGCCGCGAUGCUGAGCACACAGGAGGGCGACCUCUUCGUACCGGCAUCGGCGGAUGCUCGCAUCAGCGCGAUGCGAUCCUUCUGGGAGGCGUUGCUGAGUGAACCGCAGAACUCCGCAGGGAGCGCACGAGAAGUCAUGCUGCGGCGAUGCUUACUUCGUACUCACUUGAACGACGCCUCUGCGAUAUUUGAUGAUUCGGCCGUUGCGGUGAUGAGGUCGCUGCACGAUUCCGUUGCGCCAGUUUCCAGCCACGUGUCAAACGAGGAGAGCAAGGAUGAGGAUGAGAUGGUUGAUGUAGCUGCGGCUGCGGUACCGGCCGGCGCUGCUGCUCAAGUCGACUUUCAGGCGCCGAAGCUGCCCCAUCCAUACGCAGUAAUAUGGCGCUGCAAUAUCAUCGAUUCCGUUGAUCUCCGUGUGCUCUCGGCUGCCGGCAAAGUCAAAGCGAUGGCAUGGCUGGUCAACCUCUUCGAGCAUCAUUGUGGAUCUUACCGCGUCGCUGAAGCCGUGGCAGACAAGCUGGGUAAUCUGGGCAUGGCAAGCCCGGCGGUUCUCAAACCAUUGGUGAGUGCAAUGGUGCGCGAAGGCUAUGGCCACAAGGAGUCCUUUUCAGCACUGGUUGGAAUGGGCGUGUCGCUCGAGAAGAUACAACAACUCGCUGAGGCUCACAAUUUCCCGUGGAAGAAGCCACCGGUCGAAACGGUGCUCGCUCAAAUCUCUCGAGCAAAGUGGCCCAUCUCUAUGGUUAAGUGGUUCGCGAGACAAUCAGACAGUGUGCGCCAGCCAGAUGCUCUGCUGGGAGCUUUGUUUCGAGGCGCGGAGUUUCCAGUUCAGCCGGACGUGGUGCUCUGCGCGAUGCAGUUGCACUCUCCAGACGACAGCUUCGACCGAAAGUUGCUCGAUUGUGCUUCUGAUGGCACCACUCCGGUUUCCAGCCGCCUGCUCAUCUGGCUGCAUCUCCCUCAACACGGUCGGCAAUCAGAUGUGCGACUCACGGCGAGUACUAACGCCUCUGGCAUCAUCACAUCCGAUUCUCAGACGGUGCUUUCUGAGCUUCUCUCACGAUGUUGCAAUGCGGAGGAGGCAGGCAGAGCCUGCUGUGCUCAAAUCGAGUCGUUCUUGUCGAUGGUUGAGAACGAUGGUGCCCGAACAGCGUGGCUUCCAACGCUGUUACACAUGAUCGAAGUCGCGAUCAAGGAGCGCUCGUGCAAGGCCCUCAUCCCCGUGUUGGUGGAGCACGCAGUCCAUCUGCAUCCGCCGUUCAGCGACACGCGUUCGCUCUGGAUGACUGUCUUCAGCCACGAGACCAACUCCCGUGGAUCGUUUUGGGACUGCAAAGCCGUUGUGCCAAGCUUUGGUUUCUCCUUUCCGUACUGGAGUGAGGUCUCCGCAGUCUUCAUGGUGUACAAGCUCACCGGCACUUUCUGUGAUGAUCUUUCUCUCGGCUCCUCGUUCGAGGCUUUCGCUACCGCUGCUGAGAGCUUCUCCGAGGAUCAGCAGCGAUGGGCGAUCUGGGCGUGUGCACACGUCAUUGAGCAUCGGAUCAAGAACGGUGAUGACGAGCAUCGGGUCCUGCCAGCGUUUCGGCAGUUCGGUUUCAGUCCAUUCUCCCCGGCGGUGGUGUGCGAGCAGCUGCUCUCCGAUAACCUACCUCGAUUCAUCUUUCCACCUGAUGGCGCGCUUGACACCUCCAAGCUCGAUACGUGGGCCGAGUUCGCAUCGCAUCCAGUAGCGUCACCUGAGACCCGAGCGAGGGUGCUGCAGAUGUAUCUCGAGCAGUCGUCACGCGUGUUGUCCUUUCCACCGGACGAGGAAGGCACGUUGAUCGUACAUCUCGAUACUCGAGAUAUGCCCCUGCAAACGACGCCAGAUAUGCGAACCAUCGUCCGCGCUGCAACGUCCGGCCCGGCGCCGCUGACUCAGCUGCAGUUUCGGAAUUCCUCCGCAGUCGGAUCAUCCAGGCCACCAGCCAUCAGUGUCGCGGAUGUCUACACUCCGGCUCUGGACCUGCUAGCGAGCAAGUCGGAAACACAAGCAUGGCUAGCUACAUAG